GUUAGUUAUGUAAUUUGCUUCCCUACACGUACAGGUGUCAGUUAAAAUGUUAUGUGAAGUUACUAACUUAACACUGAUAUAGCGGACCAUUGACAUACAAUCUGAGACAUUUUAUUGCGCUUUGUCAUAUAAAUUAUAAAGUAAUGGAAGAUACUAGAAGAGUGAUAAAAGUAGGCUCACGAAAGAGCCAGCUUGCGUUAAUACAAACCAAAUUCAUUAUUGAUGAAAUCAAGAAGAUUUAUUCAGAAAUUAACUUUGAAAUUGUCACACUUGACACAUUGGGGGAUAAAGUAUUAGAUAAAGCUUUGCCAAAGAUUGGUGAAAAGGCAUUGUUUACUAAGGAACUGGAGGAUGCUUUACUUGAUGGAAGAGUUCACUUUGUUGUGCAUUCGUUAAAAGAUCUUCCUACAGCAUUACCUGAAGGUUUAGGAAUUGGAGCCAUUUUCAGACGUGAUAAUAAAUAUGAUACGUUGAUACUUCAUGAAAAACACAAUGGACAUACAUUGGCAACUUUACCUUCAGGAUGUGUUAUUGGAACAAGUUCUUUGCGUCGUGUAGCGCAACUUAAAAGAAAUUAUUCUCACUUAAAUUUUGAGACAAUUAGAGGAAAUUUAAAUACUCGCUUGAAAAAGCUUGAUGAAGAUAAUAAAUAUGAUGGAAUAGUUUUGGCUGUUGCUGGUAUUCAUCGAAUGAACUGGCACCACAGGAUAAGUGAGAUAUUAAAACCUCCAGAUUGUCUUUAUGCUGUUGGACAGGGAGCUCUAGCUGUUGAGGCACGAACAAACGAUUGGAAAACACUUGAUUUAUUGUCGAAAUUGACUGAUAUUGAAACAUUAAUCUGUUGUGCUGCAGAAAGAGCUUAUCUCUGGCGAUUGGGUGGAGGCUGUAGUGCUCCUGUUGGUGUGUCAUCAACCAUUGAAGAAAAUAAAUUAGUACUUCAUGGGUCAGUUUUGAGUUUGGAUGGCAGCCAAUGUUUAACUGGAGACGCUUCUGAAUUUUUACCAUUGAAUGAAAACGUACAAACUAGAAACUCCGAAUAUUUAUCCGACGUAUCGUCGACUUGCGUUAUAAUUCCUCAACAUCUUCAACAUAUUUUAAAAAUUUCCGAGAAAUGUGGUUUGCAUCUUGCAGAUUUACUUUUAAAACGUGGAGCGGGAAUGGUGAUGAAACUCGCAAAAGAAGCAAUUACAAAAUCAUAGUUUAGUUUAAACGCAAAAGUUAAUAAAAUUGUAAAAUGCCAACAGAAAUCAUUAAACAACGCUUGACAAUGAAUACAAUAACUGUUAACAGAUAUCAUAAUUGAGCAUUAUUGAAAUAAUUGUCACAUUCGUCUAUUUUAUGAAAUUUUAUGAAUUAAAGGAUUAAUUUUUUUAUUGUAUAAA